AUGGCCCACCGAUUUCCAGCCCUCACCGCAGAACAGAAGAAGGAGCUCUCAGAAAUUGCCCAGCGCAUUGUUGCCAAUGGAAAGGGGAUCCUGGCUGCGGAUGAGUCUGUAGGCACAAUGGGAAACCGCCUGCAGAGAAUCAAGGUGGAAAACACUGAAGAGAACCGCCGGCAGUUCCGAGAAAUUCUCUUCACUGUGGACGGUUCCAUCAGCCAGAGCAUUGGGGGUGUGAUCCUUUUCCACGAGACCCUCUACCAGAAGGACAGCCAGGGAAAGCUGUUCAGAAGCAUCCUCAAGGAAAAGGGGAUCGUGGUGGGAAUCAAGUUAGACCAAGGAGGUGCUCCGCUUGCAGGAACAAACAAAGAAACCACCAUUCAAGGGCUUGAUGGCCUUUCCGAGCGCUGCGCUCAGUACAAGAAAGAUGGGGCUGACUUUGGAAAGUGGCGUGCUGUGCUGAGGAUUGCCGAGCACUGUCCAUCCAGCCUUGCUAUCCAGGAAAAUGCCAAUGCCCUAGCCCGCUACGCCAGCAUCUGUCAGCAGAAUGGGCUGGUACCUAUUGUUGAACCAGAGGUAAUUCCUGAUGGAGACCAUGACCUGGAACACUGCCAGUACAUUACCGAGAAAGUCCUAGCUGCUGUCUACAAGGCCCUGAAUGACCAUCAUGUUUACCUGGAGGGUACCCUCCUAAAGCCCAACAUGGUGACUGCUGGACAUGCCUGUACCAAGAAGUAUACUCCAGAGCAAGUGGCUAUGGCCACUGUCACAGCUCUCCACCGAACCGUUCCAGCAGCUGUCCCUGGCAUCUGCUUUUUGUCUGGUGGCAUGAGUGAAGAGGACGCUACUCUCAAUCUCAAUGCUAUCAACCUUUGCCCUCUACCCAAACCCUGGAAACUAAGUUUUUCUUAUGGACGGGCCCUGCAGGCCAGUGCUCUGGCUGCGUGGGGUGGCAAAGCCGCAAAUAAGAAGGCAACCCAGGAGGCUUUUAUGAAGCGGGCCCUGGCUAACUGCCAGGCAGCCAAAGGACAGUACGUUCACACGGGCUCUUCUGGUGCUGCUUCUACCCAGUCGCUGUUCACUGCCUCCUAUACCUACUAG